AAUUGGUAGAACAGAGGUAAAGCGUUUUUGAAUUUUAAAAUUAAAGUACGGUAGGUACGUAACUACGUAUAAGUAAUCAUUGAGAAAGUGCGUGUUGAAACGAAAAUACUCAGGUAAGUAUCGUUUUCUUCUCGACACGAUGAAAUUUCUUCUACCUGUCGCUAUCGUUCUCCUAAUAUCGUCAAUUUUGGCCAAUGAAGAAAACUCAGAACAAGAAAAAAUAAAUCUUCGAGAAAUAGCUACUGAAGUGAAUUCAGACUCCACGAGCUCAUGGAAGGCAGAUACAUAUGGUUUUGACGAAAUCACUGUAAGCGAGAUUAAAAGAAAAUUGGGAGCAAAGUUGGGCAAAAAAGAUCAAUCAACGAAUAAAUUUUCAAAAUCCAAAUCCGCGGGUAAAAAUAAACUUAAAUUAGGUUUUGGCACAGCUCUUCCUACAUCAUACGAUGUUCGACAACAAUAUCCGAAAUGCAGUUCUGUUUCGCACAUACGAGAUCAAUCUUUCUGCGGUUCUUGCUGGGCUGUUUCUGCUGCAUCUGUAAUGAGCGACAGAUAUUGUAUGAUUACUGAGGGACGAAAGAACGUUGAAUUGUCCUCCCGAUUCAUUAUAUCUUGCGAUGAAGACGACUACGGUUGUGAUGGAGGAUUUUUGGAUUCAGCAUGGGAUUUUUUAGAAAGAAAUGGAACGGUAACGGGAGGUGAAUUUGAAUCCGAUGAAGGUUGUCAACCUUACCCCAUGCAUCCCUGUGGCUGGCCUAAGAAAUUAGCGUGUCCCUGGUAUUUAACACCAAAAUGCAUAAAAACUAAAUGCGACAAUGAAUUUCAUAACGAAACUAAAGAAAAUCCUAUCAAAGCCUCAGAAUCCUAUUACGUUGGCGACUUUUUUGGUUUUUUUAAUGAAUACUACAUCCGAGAUGAAAUCUUCCACAACGGUCCAGUUCAAGCAGGCUUCAACGUGUACGCAGACUUUUUAGCAUAUAAAUCAGGAAUCUACAACCACCGGAAGAAAUCAAGGUUGUUGGGAGGACAUGCAGUCAAGAUCAUCGGAUGGGGAGAAGAAAAAGGAGUCAAGUACUGGAUAAUUGCUAAUUCAUGGGGCGAAUCUUGGGGUGAGAAUGGAACAUUUAGAAUGGUACGAGGAAAAAAUAACUGUGGAAUAGAAGAUGAGGUUUACGCUGGUACACCAGAAUUACGUGAAUAGGCAUAUGCGGAAUGCGUUCUCACUAUGCUUAAUUGCUCGCAUGUAUAAAAUAUGAAUAGCGGGGGUGACGGUAAAAUUGUUUUCAUUAUUAAAUGUUACUUCGAUUGGU